AAGGGUUUCACAACAUUUUGCAAGGCGGAGCUCUGAAGGAAGCAAAAAGUGUGACAACAGUUAUUACCCGGUUGCUUAUAGAAGCAAUAAGUUUAGGGUAGAAAUUCGCUGCUAAGUCUAUCAAGGGUCGACUUCAGUGUCGUUUUUAAUACCAGUUUAUCUGCAGUGAAUCCUAGAUAAGGAUUAUCUGUUGCGGAAUAAUCUGCAGCAAACUUAUCGUCCGAAUUCUAAAAACGGCCGCCUUUGCUGAUAGAUGACCGUCCGGAAAAUUUUCCAGUUCGUUCUCUGGUGACUUAUCUGGCGCGAGAUUUUCAAACAUUUUUGUUCCCUCCGCAAUUGUCUGAGUCAGAAAACUCUUUGUCUAAAAUAAUGCUAUGCUGUUUUUAGGUUAACUUGUCUGUUCAUUCUUGAAACACUAAAUAAAGAACAUUUCAUUCUAAUCAAGUCAACCCGACCAUUAAAUAUAAUGAUUCUCUACAAUUCUCUGCCCAACAAGGUUUCUGUAGCAAAUCAACGGUCUUCUGCAUCCUGUGUCACUUUGAUUCAUCAAAACAUUUUAAUGGUUUUAGGAUCUCCAUGUACCAUGGAAUCCCACAAAGAAAUUGGACUCAGUUAUGCUUAUUCUUAGAAUUAAUUUCCAAAAAAUCUAUAAACUUUAUGUCCCCUAAUUUUCUCCGGGAUUUUCAAAACAAACACACGAAGAACAGAACACCCAAACCGUGUUUCUCUCCCAUCCCCAAUUUUUCUCCUCCUGAUCCCAGAGAGAUCUCUUGGAACCUUUGGGUUUUCGGGGAGAAAUCUCUCUCUGCAUUGGAAUUGCCGGAAAAUUCAUUCUGUGAGUAGUAUUAUGUUGUGGAUGAGCAUUCGGUAGUAUUGGUCUCUAAUCUUUUUGUUUGGGUUUCAAAGUAUAAUUGUAUUUUUAUAUUUUCAUGGUCUUCACGAACCUUUUCUCUACAAUACAUUUGGGUUUGUGAAUAGGGCGCUUUUUUUUUUUUGCCUCUUGGUAUUGCGGUCGGUGAUUAGUUGAACAGUUUUCAGAAGUAAUUAAUUUGCUCCGACACCAUGAGUUGUUUCCCGUGUUUUGGGUCAAAUGAGAAGAGAGCGGCAAAAAGAAAAACUAGCCCACAAUGCUCGCCGCAAUUUGACGAUAAAGAAGUAAGGCAUCAUGCAACAUCGGUACCGCUACCACAGGCUCCAGUCUAUGUUUCGGAGGAAAAUAAUAGAACACCAAAGACCCAAGACGAAACAAAGCAACAAAGCGAAGCCACCAGCAAAGAGGGAAAUGGAAACAUUGCUGCACAAACAUUUACGUUUCGUGAGUUAGCCACAGCAACUAAGAACUUCAGACAGGAAUGUCUACUGGGAGAAGGUGGAUUUGGAAGAGUCUACAAGGGGCGUCUUGAAAAUGGUGGCCAGCUUGCGGCUAUUAAGCAACUCGACCGGAAUGGAUUGCAAGGAAAUAAAGAGUUUCUCGUUGAAGUGUUGAUGUUGAGUCUCCUUCACCAUCCAAAUCUGGUAAAUCUUAUAGGCUAUUGUGCCGAUGGAGAUCAGAGGCUUUUGGUUUAUGAGUAUAUGCCACGUGGAUCCUUAGAAGAUCAUCUACUAGAUAUCGGAUCAGAUCAAAAGCCACUAGGGUGGUUUACAAGAAUGAAAAUAGCUACAGGUGCAGCUAAAGGUCUGGAGUAUUUGCACGAUAAGGCAAAUCCCCCAGUUAUCUACCGUGAUCUGAAAUCAUCCAACAUCUUGCUGGAUGAAGAGUUCAAUCCAAAACUCUCCGAUUUUGGGCUUGCGAAGCUUGGUCCUGUUGGGGAGAAGCAACAUGUUUCUUCUAGAGUGAUGGGUACGUAUGGAUAUUGUGCUCCAGAGUAUGUAAGAACAGGCCAGUUGACUGUGAAGUCGGAUGUAUACAGUUUCGGAGUUGUUUUACUCGAACUAAUCACUGGGCGAAGAGCAAUUGACACCACCAAACCAACCCAAGAGCAAAAUUUGGUUUCUUGGGCGCACCCCAUGUUUAAGGAGCCAAAGAGGUACCCAGAAUUAGCAGAUCCCCUACUUGAAGGUGAUUUUCCAGUAAGAGGUUUAAAUCAAGCGGUUGCUGUUGCAGCCAUGUGCCUUCAAGAGGAAGCUCAAGUUCGUCCGUUGAUUAGUGAUGUUGUUACUGCACUCAGUUUCCUGUCAGUGGGUCCAAUUGAAGAAGGAUCUUCCACACCUGAUCCUCUUCCGCAUCCAGAAGACGAAGAAGAUGAUGAUAAAGAAAGGAGGGACGAAGAAAGUUCAGAGGAACGUCAACGAGCUGUUGCUGAAGCCAUAGAAUGGGGUGCUAAUACAAGAGAAGAAAACAAAAGAUCUCAUGGCUAAUGUCGCAGUUAUUUUCUUUGUUUGUAAAAUCUUUACAUCCUUUUGUUCGAUGAUUGCAACAACUACUUUUGAGCUCGGUUCUCUUUCCUUUCUUGGUAAAUGGAUACCUUAUACAUAUGACACCAUUUCCUUUUGUUCGAUUAAGAGUGAUAUUUUGGUCGGAUUA